AUGUCUAUGGGAAAGUGCUCCUUCAAGGACUCUCUUAAAGCUCUGGAAGCUGAUAUUCAGUAUGCUAAUACCCUGGCCUUAGACCAUCCAAGGGACAAAGAUGGAGGAUGCUUUCAGAUGAGGAUAUCUUACAGUUCAGCAGCCCCUAUUUUUCUAUUUCUUGUUCAGUGGACUGAUUACCGCUUGGCUGGUGCUCUGGGUUUGCUGAGAGUUCUAAUUUAUGUGACUUACGGAAAUGGGAAGAAUACCAUGUCAAUAUAUGAAAGGAAAGCAAGCAUUAGACAAUUUUACUCUGUUAUUUUUCCUGCUCUGUUGCAACUUGAGAAAGGCAUCACAGAUCUGGACGAAAGGAAACAGAAAGAAGUAGCUUGUAGGUACCAACAGAAGAGUGAAUCGACGGAGAGAAAACUAUCUGAGAUUGACAUUGAAAGAGAAGAGGAAUGCGGAGUUUGCUUGGAGGUGAAAGCUAAAGUUGUGCUGCCUGAUUGCUGCCACUAUAUGUGUUUGAAGUGCUACAGAGAUUGGUGUCAGAGGUGUCAGUCUUGCCCCUUUUGCCGGGAUAGCCUGAAGAGAAUCAACUCUGGGGACCUUUGGAUUUACACAGACAUGAAUGAUAUUGUUGAUGUUGGGACCAUUUCCAGAGAGAAUUGCAAGAGAUUGUUUCUUUACAUAGAGAAGUUGCCUUUAAUUGUUCCAGAUCCCAGAUAUGUGUUCUAUGAUCCAUUUCUGAGAUGA